UACUUUAUGAAUGUGAAGAGAAUGUUUGUGUGAAUGGAGGGACUUGUAGUUUGAUUGCUGGAGACACUGUAUGCAGUUGCUUAGAUGGAUAUACAGGAAUUAAUUGUGAAGAAUUAAUCUCAAGCCCGACAUCUUCUCCUUCUCUGACACCAUCAUCAGCCUCAUUGUCUGUGCUUCUUGUGAUAGUUUUUGUUGCUUUGACUGUUAUUAUUGGAGUGAUUGUUCUUAUACUGGUGGCAAUAUUCUGUGUACAAAGGAUGAAAAGAGAUCUGAAGAAUCCUCCUCAGUCACCAACAAAACCUAUACCUUUAGAUGAUGAUCCUGAAGCAGAUCCCGAAGCAUAUGAGUUGGAUCAGCGUUCUCAAGAACAAAAAGAUAAAGAUUAA